UGACAUUGCGUACGUGUGAAUCGGAUGCCUGUAUAUGGAGUAGUUAUGGACAGGAGUGACUUGAUCCUAACGGUAUUCCUAAGGCUGCGCUUAAGCUUUUACACAUGAUUUUGAUGGCAUAAAUAAGAAGUCAUCUCUGAAACAGGACUUGCACUCGAUAUCGCAGAAGAAGCAAGGUGCGUAAAAAAGUGGCGCGAAGUUGAAUGUCAAGUUGACGCUGCCUGGACACUUGCGUGAUGAUGCCACGAGACAACAUGACUUCCACUGUCCAGAAAAUCGCCAGACAGGCCCUCACGACAUUCCGAAAUCCCUCGGUUGUCGGAGAUCACAAUAAAGUGUUUUUGGAAAAUCUGAGUAAGCUGAAAAGCCUUAUGGCGGAGGUCAGAGCGGCGGACUUGAAGAUCGCACCCCGGACCACCGAGAGCGCCCCGGUGCCGUCUCAGCGUGUCGCGCCUCCCGUUACAUACAUGCACAUCUACGAGACCGACACGUUCAGCAUGGGGGUGUUUUUAUUAAAACCGGGCGCUUCGAUACCGCUGCAUGAUCAUCCGGGAAUGCACGGCAUGCUGAAAGUGAUUUACGGCAAGGUGCGAAUCAGCUGUUUCGACAGGUUGGAUAAACCUCGAGAUGGUGCCAGCGGUGUGCAGUUCACCCCUCCGCUCAUGCCCUUCCAGAGCAGCUCGCUUCGGCCCUCGGUGCUGAGGGCGGUGGGGGAAUACACGGAGGAGAACGGUCCGUGUGUGCUGUCACCCCAAAAGGACAAUAUCCACCAGAUAGACGCUGUUGACGGAGCCACCGCUUUCCUUGACAUCUUAUCACCGCCAUAUGAUCCGGAUGAAGGGAGAGACUGCCAUUAUUAUAAAGUUUUGCAUGGCCAUUCAGAGGCUGUAGAUAGAAAGAGUGAAGCCCAGGAACGGGGUGACCUGUGGCUUAUGGAAAUCCCACAGCCUAGUGAAUUCUGGUGUGGUGGUGAACCCUACCCAGGGCCUCAAGUGUCCCUCUGAAGGAUCUGACUAUAAACUGGGUUCUGUUAAUCAAGAGAUUCCAUGUUCUUUUCCUUACAUGUCAGACUGGCUAGCUUAUCAAGAGUACAGUGGUUUAUUUGAAAUACCUAGGCACUUAUCACAGCUGCGGUCUUUAACUUUUAAUCGUCUUUUGGCUGUUAUUUUCUACAUGUGUCCAUACAUUUCCAGUGUGUUGCACGAAGACUGUCCAGAUUUUGUGUACAGGUUCAACAAAAGAACUAGUCUGUUCUUUCUCUUUUGCCUGGAUUGGCUUUGUUUAGCAUGUGAUAAAUAUUUAAGUAUUUGCAGCAGGUGUGAGAUUUGGUUUGACAAAGGCUUCACAUAUUAUAUCAGAGCAGGAAUCUGCUCAUCUUGUUUCCAUUGCUAUAUUGUGUUAAUAAUGCAUUAAGGUAUCAGAACACUGAAAUGUUUUGCAACAAUCGUGACAAAUUGGCCUACGUAACACUGGAUACUUUUUUUUAACACUUCUGUUAAUUAUUACAAUAAAGCACUUAGUAAGGAUGACAUGUAAAAAAAUAAAAAUAAAAUAAGCACAGAAAAAUUAAAAAGACAAUCGAAAUAUGAAGAAUAUGAUGUAUAUUUUACUUAAGAAAUUAA